AUGAGUUCUCCAGACACCAAUUCCAAUCGACAUCAAACCAAGAAGAGGACCAAACUUGACUCCAAUAAAUCUUACUCUUUCUACGAUUCCUUUGUCACAAGAAAGGACAUAAUUAAAUUGGCCUCCUUGGAAACACAAAACCAAUAAAGGGAAUUUCUUAAAACUGUCAUCGUGCGAUUUGAAACAGGACACAAAAAAGGAGGAGUAUUCACCUUCCAAGUUUAUGAGCUUAUCUCCUUUUAAUAUUACCAAACUCAAACUAUAUCUAAAGCCACAGAAGAGUCUCAAUAAGAGUGUAAAUUGGCUGUCUUCUCAGAAUACCUAUUGCAGAUGUACAACUAUCUUAAAAAUUGCACAUUUGAGUAGAAAUCUGCCUUCAUGUCAUUAGGGUUUUAUAUUUUUGUAGAGAGUUUAGAACGCAAAAUCACAUAAAUCGAUUCAUAUGAAAUAUUCAAAAGGCUACUCAGACCUAAGAUACUUUUGACAAACACAUACAACCUACCCAUAUUUACUCAGGAGCACAUCAUGGAAUUCAAUAAAUUCAUGACAAGCUAUUUUUAUAGAUAUUAUUCCCUAUAUGAAUUAAGAAUGACCACUUAUUAAGAAGUCAAUAUCUUUGGUAGAUUAAAAGGAGAAAACCCAGUAUAAGUUGAAAAAGAAGAAGACAAAGAUUCCAUACAAGAAGAAGACGAAUUCAACUUCAAAGAUGUAGAAGUUCAUUUAGAUGAUGAAGUCUAACCUGAACAAGAAGUCAAGAGGAUCAACGAAAAAGAUGAAGAAUAAAUUGAAAAAUUGAUGGAAUAAUACAAAUUGAAUUGGAAUACAAGGUUAGAUGGAUCAUCAUUAUUGCAAGAGGCUGAAAAAAUAUUAACAAAGAAAAAAUGA